AUGCUCAAUAAAGCAGUAAGUAAAAUAGGCAAAUUACGGAAAAAGAACAAAAGACUUCUUCAAAAGUUACAAGAGACAGUAGAUAUGAUGCAACAAGAUUACAUAAACGAGAUGGAUAAGAAUCUUUCAGAACAAAAAGUUCAUUUUGAAAAACAGAUUGAAGAGUUCAAUCAAGCGAACAUUUCUAUUGAAGAACAAAACAAAACACUCAAACAAACACUCGAACAAAAAACACUUAAAAAUUGGUUGAUGCUUUUCCUGAAAAUUUAG